GCAAAAAGGCAGAACGGAAGACGGCGGCAGGACGCGGCGGAAAGGACGGCAACGUGAUGAAGUGAAGAACGUGCUAAUGAAGUGUUGCAAGGAAGAGCUAUUUUCACUGACUGAUUCUCACCGUCUGAUCAGCUGAUUUCAAUGACAUUAACCAGUGUUGUUAAAACUCCAUGUUCCAUGACUUUCACACAACCAAGAAAUAAAGGCGUCAUGGCAAAGUGUGCCCCAAUAGUGAGGAGCUCGCCUUUGUGCGUAGCUUCAGUCCCGAAUACGAGCCGCCCUGUGUGAGGAAAACUCUCCAAAUGAGAGGUCAUUCCGGAGUAUUUGCUUACAAGGUCCUGUGGUGGUUGGGGUCCAGUCCAGCAGGAUACAGUAAUCACUCAGCAUGAGCGUCUCAACGGCUCCACAGUAAAUGUGCCAACAGAACCCUGCAAUCAUGAAGCCUAAUGAGCGCAGACAAGCCCAGUCACCGGCUGAUGGAUUGGCUCGGAGCGGUCCGGGGCACGGGAGGAUUCAACCUGCACAAUGCACACCCGUCUCUAUGGAAAAGGGCAGGACUCACGGCGUGAUAGACGGCUCAAUCAUUCCAGAGUCUCCGCCACCUUCUACCUACCGGACCUACAUCCGCCGAGAGAUUCCGCCGAGAUGCAUCAGCUGUGUUGUGUUUUUGGACCGACUAUUUUCAUUGUCCCUGGUGGCACCGCAAGGGAGAGGCAGGGACGAACAACACAGGUCGACCUUGUUUGUCCGACUUUGCGCAUCCUCCACCCGGCCAUCCUCGUUCAACCAAGCAAGACAAACUACCUGGAAAGCCAAAACGGACGUAAUGGAUAUCACCCAACGGGGAGAUGUUCCCUCAAAGCUGUCAGGGCCAAGGGUUCCGCAAGCAACGUGGGCUGGUGCUGUGAACAGAGAGGCCGCGACUGUGAAAUCGUUGGCAUUUCGGAGGCCGAGCCCCGUGUAUAAUCAUGGGCUGAAUGCAGAUGAGGCAUUUUUCAAUCCUGACCCAGCCACCGGGGGUCAGGAUCGGACGGAGGAACCCCGAGAGUGUCCGACAAGCCUGAAGCCGAACCCUGCUGCGGAAGACGGACUCCAGUCCCUCAGUCUCAAAGAGGCCCUGGAGCUUUUCCGGCCAGACUUCAUCAGUCGAUCCCGGGGUCGGGUGAGGAGGAUGGAGCGCAGGGCGAAGAGGAGGAGGAAAGCCCUGCAGGGGUCUAAGAAGGACCUGGUCCAAGGUUUGCAGGCGGGCAGGAGGAACUGCACCACGCCGGAUCCACUUUGCGAUAACCUUUUCAAGCCGAGGGAGCGGUCUAUAUCGGGCAGGGAGAUGCAGCGGCGGUCCAGACGGAAGUACAACAUGCUGCCGGAGGUGGAGGAGAAAAGGCGCGAGGAGGAAAAGAGAGCGCUGUCACGGGCCAAUAGACUGAGAGCUGGCGUCUUCACGAAGACAAUUCUGGAGCAGAUCCUGCAAAAAUGAAGGAGAUCUCAUCAGAGGGCCACAUGGCAGUUAUGUUUGGCCUCAGAGGGCCGAUUCUAGCAGAAAAAUACUAUUAUUACACCAUUUUUUUUAAUGCAUUGUUUUUUUUAGUAAUUUUUUUUUUUUUACAAAAAUUUCCCCAAAAAUAUAAGGUAAAUUGCAAUAAUUUUCCCCAAAAUUUAGUGUGUAUUAUUUAAUGGAAAUACAUUUAACUAAUAAAUGGGAAAACAUUCGGGCUGUUUUUACGGUAAAAAAAAAAAUAAAAAAAAUAGGCUGCUCAGUUGCCAACAUUUUACUAUAAAAUGUAUAUUUGUUUUUUUUACUGUAAUUUAAAAAAAGUUAAAUAUUACUGUAAAUUGGACAUUUGUUUUUCAACUGUAAAUUUUUAAAAAAAUGCAAUUUUACAGUAACAUUUUUUAACCUGAGAUGCCAAUUUUUUUCUUUUUAUUUUUUUACUGUAGCUAUUUCGGUGUAUUAUUUUAGUAGAAUUGCUGGAUUAUUGUCACCACUACCUGUCAAUGUCAUUAAUACUUAUUGUUGUAGCUGUCUCUACUUCCGUUCACUCUGCUCAUGUCAUAGUUCCUUCGUGUCACAGUAUGUGUUUUAGUUUCUAGUCCACAGUUAGCAUUUGUACUAGUUUUUGUUCAUAGCCAAGUUUGUUCUCCGCCUUAUGCAUGCUUUUUCUUUGUACCUUUUUGUUUGUUCUUGUUUUAGUGUUAAAUUAAUUCAUGUUUACCUGCACAAUGCCUGUCGCCUUCUCUGCAUCUUGGGGUUCGUCAACAACUCAACCUGACAAAUUGGAACCUGAGCUGCCAAUUUUUUGUAUUUUUUUUUUUUUUAACUGUUGAUUUUUUGGUGUAGAAUUUUCGGUGUAUUAUUUUAGUAGAUUUUUAAAAAAAACUUAAAUGUCCCAAAAAAUAUGUGGUAAGUUGCAAUAAUUUCACCCAAAAAUGUAAUGUAUAUUACAGUGAAAAAAAUACUGUCUUUAAUUUAGUGAAAAAUGCUGUAAAAAAAAACUGCAGUAAAUUUCACAAUUUUACCAUGCUACUUUCUACUUGAUAUUUUUACUUUGCACAAUUUAAUAACUUGAUUUGAAAUCAUUAUUAUUAAUAUUUGUUUCUAUUUAACAAUGGUUUGAAUAAUCGAUAAUACAUUUUUGCAUACUUGGACAAUAUUUAAGUCAACAUAAUUUGCGACUAUAUGGAGUACUUUUUGUUUUCUCCCAAAAUAGAAAGAAAUAGGUACAUAUUAAUAUAUAUUAAUAGAUACAUAUGAUACAUAUUAAUUCCAGGCUUUCGGGGGCCACAUCUGGCCCCCGGGCCUUGACUUUGACAUCUGUGCUCUUUGGGUGCUAAUGCUAAUCAUAUGCUAAUCAUAAUCACAUGCUAAUCAUAUUAACAAUUUUUAAUUAUUGUACAGUAGUGCUUCAUACAAAGUUUAUUUUUGUUGGAAAUAAACAAAUUAAGUUAGUAAUUGUAUUUAUUUAUUUAAAUCAAAUGUAUUUAUUCAAAAGGCAUUUUUUAAAUCUAUUUUUUAUUUUAAAAAAUAUUCUUGUCACAUUCUUUAUUAUCAAUAAUUUAAAUGUAAUAAUUUGAAUAUAUUUUUAUAAUAAGAUUAAACAAAAUAUUAAAAAUCAAUUUUAAAUUAAUACAUUUAAUUCAAAUAAAUAAAAAAAGUAUUAAUUUAAUUUAAUAUAAUAAAAUACAAUUAAUUUAAUUUAUAUAUAUUUAAAAAAUAAACAAACAAAUCCAACAUACCAAAAUAGAACCAGAAAACAUUAUUACAAAUUAAAAAAUGGUGUGAAAAAAUAUAUACCUCCCUCCUCUAGACUAAUGGUUAUAUGGUGACUUUUUUUUUUUUUUUUUGCUAAUUUGUUGUACCCUAAAAUGCCUGAUUUCAAAAGGUGCAACAUUUUAACUUGUUUCUUUACAUUAUAUUACAUCCGCUUGCCAUUUUGUGACUUUAUAAUCUGUCUUUUAAUUCAUUUGUGUAACCCUAACUCCUAAAAGCACGGGGUUUUAACAAAUAAAAUAUUAUUUAUUUGCAUUUCAAAUUAAACGUUUUUUUUUAACACUGACAGGAAUUUAAAAAAUCCCUCUUUUUUGACAUGCUUCAAUUUCCUAAAGUUCUUACUCCGAAAUUGCAAUAGAAAGUGCAUGUUUUCUUUGUUUUUUUAUGUGUUUGUUGCAAUACAAUUGCGGGACAAAGUGAAAGUUGCAAUAAAUCGUUGUGAUUUUCAAUUUGUGAGUAUAAUUGGGGAAAUGUGUUGAUUAACGAACCAAUAUAAAGCAAAAGCUUGAGAAAAUAUCCAACCCACGUGGCACACAAAAAUAAUACAAAUGCUAAAAAUGAUCCCUCAGCCUUUACAUUAGAGAAAAAAACAAAAAUUUCACAGUUUAUGCUGAAGACAAGAAAAAAAAAU